AUGUCUUCAACUACAGUACCGCCAAGCGGGGUCUGGGCCCCGACUAUUACCUUCUUCGACCAUAGCACAGACACACUCGACACAGAAUCACAAGCAAAGUACUUCUCAUACCUUUCCAAAACUGGCCUUGCUGGGCUUGUUGUACUGGGUACCAAUGCUGAAACGUUUCUCCUGACACGUGAGGAGAGAAAGACCCUCUUGGAAACUGCUAGGCAAGCAUGCGGGCCAUCGUACCCCAUCAUGGCUGGAGUUGGUGGCCACUCAACCAAGCAAGUAUUAGAAUAUAUCACCGACGCCGUGGAGGCUGGCGCCAAUUAUGUUCUUCUGCUGCCCCCUGCAUACUUUGGAAAGCAGACUACGCCAGUGGUUAUCAACAACUUCUUCAAUGAUAUCGCUAAGGAAUGCCCACUCCCUAUCAUCAUCUACAAUUUUCCGUCAGUCUGCAAUGGGAUCGAUCUCGAUUCGGCUACCAUUGCCAACCUGGCAAGGACACAUAAAAACAUCGUUGGCGUAAAGUUAACCUGUGGUGCCGUGGCUAAAAUUACACGACUUGCGGCCGAGCUUCCGGCAGGUUCCUUUGCGACUUUUGGAGGACAGUCGGAUUUCCUGAUAGGUGGUUUGGCUGCUGGUUCCGUUGGCACUAUUGCAGGCUUUGCCAACGUAUUUCCCAAGACAAUCGUACAAAUCUACAAGUUGUACCAGGCGGGCAAAUUUCAGGAGUCAAUGGAUCUACAUAAAAAGGCUGCUCUCGCAGAGCAGCCUUGCAAGGCUGGUAUCGCCUACGUCAAGUACGCCGCAGCUCUGAACACGGCAAAGGACGCUGGAAUUGAGGGGGCUUUAGAAAAGUUGAAGCCCCGGCGGCCCUAUGUCGAACCUACAGAUGCUGAAAAGAGGUCUAUCGAAGCGCAAACUGCUAGCCUAGUGGGUAUCGAGGCGAGUCUAUAG